GGAAUUUGCCAGCCUCUUGCACUGGCUGAGCAAGAUUCACCUCUCUUCAGACAGAGACAGACAAACAGGUGAAGGACUGGGAGGAUGGCGCUAGCUGCCUGCUUUAGCUUGGGGCUACUUGCUUGCCUGCUGAUUGGACCCUUCACAAGAGGUGCCCAUGCUGCUGACUGCCCCAGGGACUGGCUCUCCUACAACCACCAUUGCUAUGGCUACUUCCCCCGGGAGCUGAACUGGAGGCAGGCACAGGCUCACUGCCAACGCCACAAGGCCAACCUGGCCUCCAUUCUGGACGAGGACGAACACUCCGCCAUCGCUGACUUCCUGCACCAAGUCCAGUGGGACGACGAGGACGUGUGGUUCGGGCUGUCCCUCCCUGCGCGGGGCCAGAACUGGGCCUGGGCCGAUGGCAGCCCUGUGCGCUACACAGCCUGGGAAAGGUCCAAGCCUUCUCGUGCCUCGCGAGGGGACAACUGCGCCCAGCUGGAUGAGGAUUCAGGUUUCAUGCUGUGGGACAAUGACUCCUGUGACGACAGGAACCCCUUCCUUUGCAAGCUGUAGACCAAGCACAGGCUCAGGGCCGCCACCCUGUCCUGCACGUGACCCCGUCCCCGACGGUGCUUCGUUGUAUCACCACUCCCUACACUUUGCUCUGCCCCAACCCCUCUCUUGAGGCUGAAAAUAAACGACAAGCAGAA